CGCGCAGUCCGAAGAUUCACCAUGAUGAAAAUUGCUUUCAACACACCCACAGAGGUGCAAAAAGAGGAGGUGCAGCAAGACGUGGAGGCCCUUGUAAGCCGCACGGUCCAAGCCCAGAUCCUGACCGGCAAGGAACUCCGAGUUGCUGCCAAGGAAAAAACAGGUUCCUCUGGGAGAUGUAUGCUUUCUCUCUUAGGCCUUUCAUUCAUCUUGGCAGGACUUAUUGUUGGUGGAGCCUGUAUUUACAAGUACUUCAUGCCAAAGAGUACCAUGUACCAUGGAGAAAUGUGCUUCUUUGAUUCUGAGGCUCCUACAAAUGCCCUCCAAGGAGGGGAACCCUACUUCCUGCCUGUGAUGGAAGAGGCUGACAUUCCUGAGGAUGACAACAUUGCAAUCAUUGAUGUGCCUGUCCCCAGAUUCUCUUAUAGUGACCCUGCAGCAAUUAUUUAUGACUUUGCAAAGAGUGGGAAAUACCUGCUUCACACUUAUGUGGUUCAUGAAGAUCUGGUUGCUGUAGAAGAGAUUCGUGAUGUUAGUAACCUUGGCAUAUUUAUUUACCAACUUUGCAACAAUCGCAAGUCCUUCCGUCUUCGUAGAAGAGACCUGUUGCUGGGUUUCAACAAGUGUGCCAUUGAUAAGUGCUGGAAGAUUAGACACUUCCCCAGUGAAUUUAUUGUUGAGACCAAGAUCUUUCAAGAGUAAAAGGCAACAGGAAAUGAGCAUAUUUAGUAAUAGGAUCAGAGAUUUACUAUAUAACUUCAACAUUAAAGUGUGUGGGAUACUCAAGAUAUUUAUUCAUGCAUUUAUCUAUGGCUUAUAUUUUUUUAAGGGGAAAAGAAGAACUAGUAACCACUGCAAGCGUUUGUCAAAUUUUAAUUUAAUAGGCAUUACUAGUUGUUUGAAAUGGCAAUAAAAUAAUUCUUACCUUUUUCUUUUGAAUUUAUGUGGUUUAGAUAUCUGAAAGCAGCAUGAACGUGUCAGCUACAACACUGACAAUGAAUUCCAUCCUUUGUAUGUGUGUGUGUUUCUAAGUAAGCUCUUUAAUCAUAGAGUAGAGCAUGUUUUAAAUUUAAAAUAUUUAAAUUUUUUGACCUUUUGUGUAAAGCAUGCCAAAUUGCUCAACACUGUUAAGUUUCAUUUUGUUUCUCAUUUUGUACAACUUUCCUGAAUUUAGAAAUUAUAUCUUUACAUUUCUGUUUGGUGUUCUGUAAUA